AUGCUACCACAGCCUAGGGUCAAACGAUUGGAAGCAUACCUCCUCGAGUGUCUGAGCGACGUGUCUGACUACCACCAGAUCUUUCUCACAGUCCUCGAUAAUGCGCCCAUCGACCGAGAGGCCUACAAGCUCAUUCACAAAGAGUACAAAGAGAUAAUGGCAAACAUGAGCGCAGCCAUUGCCAAACAGACGAGCGACGAGAUUGAAGUGGAACGAAACGAGCUCGAGAAGCCUCGAGAUUUCGCCAAAGCAUUGAGGAUCAACAACGAGAAGGCGGUGCACAGGAACUCGAGCGUUUGCGACAAGGAGCACAGUUUUUGGGGCACGAUUUUGCAGCUUGUAAAUCUAGGUCCCAAGGGUGUGACGCUGCUCAAGGGGAAGAUGGAGAACAACGGAUAUCAUAUGGAACAGAUAUUCUCAGAGGUCGAGGGGUGCCUAAUGACAGGAAGGGAAGAACGUAAUGGGAAUCAGGAGUAA